UUGGCCUGUGGCGCGGUCGGAGCGUAUGGGAAUCUAGCAAGUGGGAAGGCCAGCGCGGCCUCGAGCCCUCGCCACCAUGAGCGGGACCUUAGCGAAGAUCGCGGAGAUCGAGGCCGAGAUGGCUCGGACUCAGAAGAACAAAGCUACAGCACAUCACCUUGGGCUGCUUAAGGCUCGACUUGCUAAGCUUCGAAGAGAACUCAUUACUCCAAAAGGUGGCGGCGGUGGUGGGCCCGGAGAAGGUUUUGAUGUGGCUAAGACAGGUGAUGCUCGAAUUGGAUUUGUGGGUUUUCCAUCUGUGGGGAAGUCAACUCUGCUAAGUAACCUAGCAGGAGUUUAUUCUGAAGUGGCAGCCUACGAAUUUACUACUUUGACCACUGUGCCUGGUGUCAUCAGAUAUAAAGGUGCCAAGAUCCAGCUCCUGGAUCUCCCAGGUAUUAUUGAAGGUGCCAAGGAUGGGAAAGGUAGAGGCCGUCAAGUCAUUGCAGUGGCCCGCACUUGUAAUUUGAUCUUGAUUGUUCUGGAUGUCCUAAAACCUUUGGGACAUAAGAAGAUAAUUGAAAAUGAGUUGGAAGGCUUUGGGAUUCGCUUGAACAGCAAACCCCCCAACAUUGGCUUUAAGAAGAAAGACAAGGGAGGCAUUAAUCUCACAGCCACUUGCCCUCAGAGUGAACUGGAUGCUGAGACGGUGAAGAGCAUUCUGGCUGAAUACAAAAUCCAUAAUGCCGAUGUGACUUUGCGUAGUGAUGCCACAGCUGAUGACCUCAUUGAUGUGGUAGAAGGAAACAGAGUUUAUAUCCCGUGUAUCUAUGUAUUAAAUAAGAUUGAUCAGAUCUCCAUUGAGGAAUUGGAUAUCAUCUAUAAGGUGCCUCACUGUGUACCCAUUUCUGCUCAUCACCGAUGGAAUUUUGACGACCUGUUAGAGAAGAUCUGGGACUAUCUGAAACUAGUGAGAAUUUACACCAAACCCAAAGGCCAGUUACCAGAUUACACCUCUCCGGUGGUGCUGCCCUAUUCAAGGACCACGGUGGAAGAUUUUUGCAUGAAGAUUCACAAAAACCUUAUCAAAGAAUUUAAAUAUGCUUUGGUCUGGGGUCUCUCUGUGAAACACAAUCCUCAGAAAGUGGGGAAAGACCAUACGCUGGAAGAUGAGGACGUCAUUCAGAUUGUGAAGAAGUGAAACCUUGUUCCCACCUGCUGACCAGGCACACCAGUUCCUUAUGACCAAGUACUCUCCUCAACCCCUUCUGUCUUUGGCAGCCACUGGAUUGGGAAUCAGGGAUGGAUAUGAAGACUUCCAAACUGGAACAUUACUGGUCUUUUUUUUCCCCCCUCUUUGAGAUAGGGUCUAAUGUAUUUCAGGCUGGCCUUGAACUCUUUGUAUCUGAGGCUUGCCUAGAAUUCCGUAUUCAAUAGCACCCAUCUCCCACGUGCUGGCUUACCACUGUCCACCUGUAACACCUCAGCAAUAUCACCUUUACUACGUUGGUGUCACUUCUAUUGAACUGUAUAAAAAAACCCAGGUGGGCCCAUUA